GAUCGGAGCCGGGACAGCCGCGGAGGGGGCGCAGCUGUGUGGGCCCGACCCCCGAGCGAGCGUCCCCCAUACCCCAGCCCGCCUGCGCCCCUGAGGCCGCCUUCGCCAGUGGGCACCGCUGCCAGGUGCAGGGGUGUUGGGACCCUUUGAAGAAGUGUGUAGCUAAUAGCCCCAUAUAUAAUUCAGAAGACGUCUUCGAUGGAAGACCCCCGGGGGAUAAAUGGACUGUCUGUGCAAACAUCUCAAACCAGUUCAGAUGUUGCUGUUUCCUCAAGUUGCAGGUCUAUGGAAAUGCAGGAUCUCAGCAGCCCGCAUAGCCGUCUGAGUGGUAGUAGCGAAUCCCCCAGUGGCCCCAAACUCGAUAACUCUCAUAUAAAUAGUAAUUCCAUGACUCCCAAUGGCACCGAAGUUAAAACAGAGCCGAUGAGCAGCAGUGAAAUAGUUUCAACAACAGCAGACGGGUCUUUAGACAAUUUCUCAGGUUCAGCAAUUGGGAGCAGUAGCUUCAGCCCACGACCAACUCACCAGUUCUCCCCACCACAGAUCUAUCCUUCCAACAGAGCAUACCCACAUAUUCUCCCUACCCCUUCCUCACAAACUAUGGCUGCAUAUGGGCAAACACAGUUUACCACAGGGAUGCAGCAAGCGACAGCGUACGCCACAUACCCACAGCCGGGACAGCCGUAUGGAAUUUCCUCCUAUGGCAUCAAGACUGAAGGUGGAUUGUCACAGUCUCAGUCACCUGGACAGACAGGAUUCCUCAGCUAUGGCACGAGCUUUGGUACCCCUCAACCUGGACAGGCGCCCUACAGCUACCAGAUGCAAGGUAGCAGUUUUACAACAUCAUCAGGAUUAUAUACAGGAAAUAAUUCGCUCACAAAUUCCUCCGGAUUUAACAGUUCACAGCAGGACUAUCCAUCUUACCCCAGCUUCGGCCAGGGUCAGUACACACAGUAUUACAACAGCUCACCAUAUCCAGCCCAUUACAUGACGAGCAGCAGCACCAGCCCAGCCACACCUUCCACGAAUGCCACCUACCAGCUCCAGGAACCACCAUCUGGCGUCACCAGCCAAGCCGUUACAGAUCCCGCGGCAGAGUACAGUACAAUCCACAGCCCGUCAACACCCAUUAAAGAUUCGGACUCGGAUCGAUUACGUCGAGGUUCGGAUGGGAAGUCACGUGGUCGGGGCCGAAGAAACAAUAACCCUUCACCUCCCCCGGAUUCUGAUCUUGAGAGAGUGUUCAUCUGGGAUUUGGAUGAGACAAUCAUUGUUUUCCAUUCCUUGCUUACUGGGUCCUACGCCAACAGAUAUGGGAGGGAUCCACCUACUUCAGUUUCCCUUGGACUGCGCAUGGAAGAAAUGAUUUUCAACUUGGCAGACACACAUCUAUUUUUUAACGACUUAGAAGUAAGUGCAGUUAUUUUAUACAUACUUCAUGUCGCAUGUCUGAAA